AUGGGCGCAAAGUCAGGCCUCGCCCUCAAGUCCCUGCAGUGGCUCAUCCGCGGCGCCCAGUUCCUCGGCGCGGCCCUCAUCCUCGGCAUAUACGCCUACUUCCUGGCGGCGCUGCACAACCACAACCUCCCCAUCGACACGUCGGCGCGCGCGGUGACGGGCAUCGCGGGCGCGGCGGCCCUCUACGCCCUCGUCGGCCUCGUGCUGCUCUGCUGCGUCGCCGGGCUCGCCGUCACGGCCUUCGUCGCCAUGGUCCUCGACGUCUGCUUCAUCGGCUGCUUCAUCUACGUGGCCGUCGUCAACAAGCACGGCGCCGGCUCCUGCACCGGCUACCUCGACACGCCCUUUGGCCAGGGACGGUCGGACUCCAAGGCCGCCGGGAACAAGGACGGCUUCACCGCCCUGCCGAGCUUCCACACCGCCUGCCGCCUGCAGACGGCCUGCAUGGCCGUUGCCAUCAUCGCCAUUUUCCUCUUCGUCCUCUCCAUGUUCAUGGAGGUCGCUCUCGUCCGCCACCGGCGCAAGGAGAGGCGCUUCGGCCCCUCCCCCGCCAACAACUACACGUCGGGAUACGCGGGCGGCGGCUUCUUCGGCCGUUUCCGCCGCCGAAAGGAUCCCGCGCCCCUGGACGACGCGAACCGCCUGCCGGAGCACACGCAUCCCGAUCAGCUCGACUAUGCGCGCCAGAGCUCCGCCACCGAGAACACGGCUGUGAACCACGACGGCCUGGCCGAUCAUCACAAGCAGGAGCCCGGCUACGGGUCCCAGCCGCAGGCCACGACGGGCGCAUGGCACACGACGCCGCAGAUGAGUGGCGUGCCGCCCAGGAGUUACAGGUACGGGGAUGGCGUUUACGAGCGUGCUUGA